UUUUUUUUCCUGCCUAAUUCUGCUAUCUGCUGAGUGCCGUCUGCUAACGCGGGGCUACGGCUUACGUCUCUGCCGCCGCCGCCACCGCCGCUUCUGCCUGUCGCUCCGCAGCUGCUGAAUCGCCCCUGAUUUUAUAUAUCAUUUCUUGCCUGCGCCUCCUACGCUUUAGUGCGGAGCUAUUACAGUGUCCUGCAGACAAAUAAGGAAGUCUUUGCGGAAAACACCGAUCCAGCAAGCAUAUUUCAGCCGACGUCCAUUUGAGGGAAGACGUUUGAUCUGUUGGGACUGAUAACAGUGAGACAGCAAGCAAAGACGUGCAGCGAAGAGGUCAGUGAAGAGGAUGGCAACAUAGAGAACGGAGAUGGAGGGAUGAGAAGUAGACUCAAGUGAAAGAAGGAAGCGGGACUCCAAAGUGCCUACAGUACGGUUUUGUGUCCUACAGCAGGAGAGAGGGCUCGGUGUGCGUUUGGCCUUGAAUGGAGGCUAUAUUUUGUCCUGACAGCCACAAAGUCAUCCAUCCCACGUUGCUGAGCUGCAGUCCCCACAUACCCAGAGCUGAGCUGCAGCUUUGUCUCAUCAUUACAAGGACAUUACGGGUGUAAGGUUCUGCUUUUUUCCCCUCUAUCUCUGUCAGAAUAACGACGACAGUAGAGCUGCAGUGACUUCCUCUCCCCCUGACCAUGUUGACGUGAAUGUAAAAGAGACGUACAGAGAGUUUCAGUUUGUAGACCUAGACGAGUGGACCACAGUGAUGUUUUCCGAGCAGUUUUUCUCUUUCUCUUGAGACAGAGCUGGUCUCUGCUCACAGUUAACCUCCGUUAUCUCGCCCCCGUGAAAAUUCAGCUGACAAUUUUCCCAGGAACAGCUAAUAAACAUCCCCCCCAAAAAUACACCGGUCAAAAGGGACUGCUACCUAUUUGCUCUGAAGGAAAAAUAUUUUUCUUUUUUUUUCCCCCCAAGGGGAUUUUUUUGUUGUUGCUUUUGAAUCAUUAUUAGUCAUCCCUGCUCACAUUAGACAGUUUUUUCCAUCCACUCGCUCCCACCACAGCUCAGUGUCUGUGAGCGUCUCAGAUGGCUGUCAGCAUGGCCAUGGGACGAGACACCAAAUGGUUGACCUUGGAAGUGUGUCGCGAGUACCAGAGAGGGACCUGCUCGCGGUCCGACUCCGAGUGCAAGUUCGCACAUCCCUCCCGGAGCUGCCAUGUGGAGAACGGCCGAGUCAUCGCCUGCUUUGAUUCGCUCAAGGGCCGCUGCACACGAGAGAAUUGUAAAUACCUGCACCCACCGCCGCACCUGAAAACCCAGCUGGAGAUUAACGGAAGAAACAACCUGAUCCAGCAGAAGGCCGCGGCGGCCAUGUUGGCUCAACAGAUGCAGUUCAUGCUGCCCGGAGCACAGCUGCAGCCGAUUACAACCUUUCCAGUGACGCCUUCCCUGGCAACCAGUCCCAGCAUGGCAUUCAGUCCAUAUCUGAGCCACAUGGGCCCGGCCAUGGGCCUGAUGCCCGAGCUGCUGCCCAGCACUCCCCUUCUCGUCCCCGGAAGUCCCACCAGCCUGACAGCGAUGGGCAACGGCACCUCGGCACAAAAGCACACUCGCACGGACAAGCUCGAGGUUUGCAGGGAAUUCCAGCGCGGUAACUGCACACGGGGUGAGAGCGACUGCCGCUACGCUCACCCCCUGGAGGCCGGCAUGGUGGACUGCAGCGAGAACUCCGUCAUUGUGUGCAUGGACUACAUAAAGGGCCGCUGCAGCCGGGACAAGUGCAAGUACUUCCACCCACCGGCUCACCUGCAGGCCAGGAUCAAGGCUUCACAGCACCAAGCCAGUCAAAACACAGCACCCGCAUCCUUGGCAUUAGCUCAAGGCGCCAUGCAGUCGCUGCCAAAGAGGCAGAUCUUAGAGAAGAGCAAUGGAGCAGCUGCUGCCGUCUUCAACCCUAGCAUGUUCCACUACCAGCAAGCCCUGGCUAACAUGCAGCUGCAGCAACCAGCCUUCAUCCCCGCUGUAGACUCCUCAGAGCUUCUGACCCCCGAACCGGUGGAGCUGCAGUGCGUUCCCAUGGAAAACCAUUUCUGCCCCGUCCCCAAACUGCUGGUGGCGGCUCCCGUGGGAAUAAACUCAGUAAGCCUUUCACGAAACCCCAGUUAGAGUCCCCGAAAACCUGCAGCUCUGCAGCAAACAUGUGCCUCGCCCACAGCGCACACUGAACGAGUGUCAGUGUGAAACUUCUUAUACGAUGUUUAUUAAAAUAAAAUAAAAAAAAUGUAAAAAAGCUGCAAUGGUUCACGCAAUACAAGCCUGAACUUAAUAACGCUGCUUUACUGCAGCCGUAACGAUGCAUACUGACGCGAUGAGCAAUAGAGCUCCCUCGUUCUGACAGCCAUACACGACCACACUUUAACCGUGUGCACUAAAACACACUAAAUGAAGACUAAAUGCCCUUUAUGGGUUGCAGCCAUUAUCCGAGGCAGCCCAACACACCUGACUGAUCCAAAGCAAGGAAAGUUCAUUCUGGAACGUUCAGAACAUUGGAGCUGCAAAACGGUCCUGCUGCUGGUCUACAACCAUGACAUGUUUUUAAAAAAAAAAAAGAUUUAAGAAAAAGAAAUGAAAGAAUGUUUCAUAACAUGUGACAUUUAUGUUUCAAGAUGACUAAAAAUCCAAUAUGUGUCGUACCAUG